AUGACUGGCGUUGAGAAGGAACAAUUUGUAUUUUGGCCAAAUGGCACCGUACCCUUCUAUGUGAACCCUGAACAUUUUGAUAAGGAGCAGUCCAUCGCAAUCCUGUCGACUCUAUCCAACUUCACGAUGAAGACCUGUCUACAGUUCAGGCCGGUGAUGUCAGCACCAGCCCCCAGCCAGCACGUCAUGGUGUUUGAGAACCCCCGGGGGGUCAGGAAGUGCGUCAUCGAUAUGGAGGGACAUGCUAAAGAGGAGCCCCAUAGGAUAAUCCUCGGCUACGGAUGCCUACAAAGUCCACACGUCGAGCUGGUCGUCAUGAAGGCGCUGGGGUUCCCUUUCGAGCACAACCGGGCCAUGCGCGAUCUCUACAUAGAUGUGUACUUCGAGAAUAUUGAGCCAGGCUUCAUCCCCCUUUACACGAAGGAGAAAAUCCUCCCCCAGGAGUUGAGGGACCUCCCCUAUGACGUCGAUAGUGUCAUGCAUUUCAGUGACCGGGACUACAGCAAAAAUGGACAUAGGACUUUUGUAUUCAAGAAUAAAAAAACCAAGCAGAAUAGAAUUGGAUUAUCAAAAACGGAUUAUAGAAAGAUAGAUACAAUUUACGGUGCCGAAUGUCAAAAAAGGGACCGCCUCGCAAAAAUUGAUAUGUGUAAAAAAUAUCCUAGCGUCAGAAGAAAAAGAGAUAUUUCAACAGAUUUUGAUAUACUCCAAAAUUUAAGAAUAAACAGAGGUAUCUCUCCACCACCAGAUGAAAUUCGUAAAGAUGAAAUAACGUAUAACGUAGAACAACUAAACAUAGAUAAAGAAAUAGAAGAUCUAAUUGAUAUAGUCCACAAAAUAUCAGCAAUUGUUCUAAAAAACGAAAGAAAUAAUGUUUGUAACAAAACUAAUAUAACACAAUCUGAGACUAAAAAAACAGAAUCAACAAAUAAUUUAUCCAACAAUACAAUUACAAAAUCUAAUGAUAUAAUGGAAAUCAUAACAGUAGUUGUAAACUAUGCUAAAGAACUUGGUAAAGACGCAAAAUCAAAUUUAACUAUAUUCUGUGAUAAUACAAAUGAUGUAGAACUUUUCCAAAGAGCUAAAUGUAGCUGGGGCAAAGGCGUUAGGUGCCCACAAAUUUACAAACCAACUAAAUCUGGCCGCAUAAUGUAUUCCACAAAACAUAGUCCACCCAUAAGACAGUCUACAAAACAUGAUGGUAAAGAGAAAAAGGUUCCAUAUAUCAAUUGGUUUAGAUCUGGUAAUUACACUCAAGAAGCGAAUACUACUGAAGAAAAAAGAAAAAGAGAUAUAGCAGCUCAUACAGAUACUGGAGACGUAAAUGACACAGAUAUAAAAGAAGAUCUGAGAAGAAAAAAGAGAUAUGCUGGAGUCUUACAUAGCAGAGAUAUGAUAGAAGGUCAUAAAAUGAGAAAAAGAGAAGCCGGAGUCGUAAAUAAUACAGAUAUAAAAGAAGAUCAUUUAAUGACAAAACCAGAAGAUAUACUUAUAAGCAAAGCUGUUACAGAAAAAACAGUUAAAAGUAUUUUAAAUAAGGCAAACGAUGAAGUUAAAGAAAGUGUAGUUAAAAUAGAUGAUGGGUUCAAAGUUAUAAAUGCAAAUGGUAGUAUAGAUGCUAUAGAUACUACUGAAGUUGAUAAAGUUGCGUACGGUCCUUCGAGAAGAAGUCACAAAUUUGGGAAACAAAACAAAAGACCAAAAGAGAAAAGGAGAGAAAAAGGGGGAGAGAGAGUGAGUUUACCGGAAACAGUGGCUUUGACGGUGGAGAAUAAAGAGUUUUACGGUGAAAGGAUCUGGCCCGACGGCGUGGUCAGAUAUAUCAUCGCGCAAGACCCUACAUAUAACUUGAAAUCCAUGCGUGCUCGCUUGGAGGAGGUCAACAAAAUACUGAAAAAGAAGACCUGCGUCCGCAUACAGGAAAUCUCGGAGAGGCAGGCGCGGAGGCACACAGACUAUCUCGUUCUGGACACCAGCGCGGACUACGUCACCGGCCGAGUGGGGGGGAGACAGGUGUUCGGUUCCAUAGAGCUGUUCGAAGGCGGGCAGCAUAGACAACACGCGGCCAUGAUGGUGAUGGCUAUGCUCGGAUUUUACUUCGAGUUGGCGCGUCACGACCGGGACACUUAUGUGAGAGUGCACAACCGUCAUAUUAGACCGGAUAAACUUCACCAUUUCGAGAAAAUUCGUUCGGAUGCCACUGUAGACCUUCCCUACGACUACGCCAGUGCCACGCACCCGGCCUGGCAGUUCUGGAGGCGAGUCGGGAAGACGGGGAUAUCCACCGUCGCCACUUACAAAGAUCAGGACCCAGACGGCUCAAUAAUGAAAUCGCUUGGUCAGAAUGAGAUGCUUCUGUCGCCAUCAGACAUUAUAAAGAUAAAUAGCAUCUACGGAGUGCAGUGCUUCCAAGACCAGCGACGAAUGGAGACGCAGACCACAGACAUAGAAACUAUAGACGCGGGUGACCUGACAUAGUCUAGUUACUUAGAAAUGUACCAACAUUUUAUAAAUUAUAUUUAUGUGUAAACUUGUUUAAAGUCGAAGUCUAUUGUGAGAUCUGAAAAAAUACUAUUUGUUUUAUUACACUGGAAUAAAAAAAAAACACGCUUUGUUGUAAAAGGUACUCGUAAAUAGCCUUACGUCAAAAAUAAUGUAAAAGAAAAUGAUCUUUCCAAUUUAAUAGAUAGAAUCCCGUACAAACAUAUAUAUAUAUAUAUAUAUAUAUAUAUAUAUAUAUGCACGGGUCGAAU